GAGUGGAAGCGCUACAGCGUAAAAGGGAUAUUCUGAGGUAUGUGUCUCCCCGCGUCCUCCCUCCUUUCCCGCCCCCGCCCGCUCUCCGGUGGCUCUUUGCAUUGCGCUGCUCACCACGAACCGCCCAACGGUCUACCUGGGCUCGCGUAGGACCGUCUCUCCGUGUGCAACACGACAGAGAGGAGCGAACUGUAAUCGUGCACUUGUGUAUACAGAAGAACCAACGCAACCGUACCAGGCACCGAAUAACGAAGAACAGCAUUACGGAGAGAGAGAGAGAGAGAGAGAGAGAGAGACGAGACGAGGAGAGACUGCGUGGUGCUUUCAGGAGCCGUUUGCGUGUUCACCUCUUUCUCCACACAAUCACACGCGCGCGUGCACACGGACACUCUCACAAACAGUUGCACUCACACACCUAACGCGGCGUGUUUAUCCCACGUACAUUCAAAGACGGCGUAGAAAUCUUCUCCCGUUGGCUGAUGCUGGCCACCCAUCGCAGAGAUGGCUCUGUGGAUGCUCCUCUACCUCCUCGCCAUCGUCAAAAACAGCCUUGGGGCAGACACCGAGGAACGAUUGGUGGAGCACCUGCUGAACCCCGCCCACUACAACAAAUUGAUCCGUCCAGCCACCAAUGGCUCUGAGCUGGUGACGGUGCAGUUCAUGUUGUCAUUGGCCCAGCUCAUUAGUGUGCAUGAGAGGGAGCAGAUUAUGACCACCAACGUCUGGCUUACUCAGGAGUGGCAGGACUACCGGUUGACGUGGGUCCCAGAGGAGUUCGAUGGGAUGCUGAAGGUCAGGCUGCCCUCCAAGCACAUCUGGCUGCCGGACAUCGUCCUCUACAACAAUGCGGAUGGCAUGUAUGAAGUGUCCUUCUACUCCAACGCGGUGGUCUCGUAUGACGGCAGCGUCUUCUGGCUCCCACCGGCCAUCUACAAAAGCGCCUGCAAGAUCGAGGUCAAGCACUUCCCCUUCGACCAGCAGAACUGCACGCUCACCUUCCGCUCGUGGACCUACGACCGCUCCGAGGUGGACCUGGUGCUGCGCACGGAUGUGGCCAGCAUGGACGACUUCACCUAGCCCGGAGGUGGGACAUCAUCAGCUUCCUGGCGGCACCAAGCGAGCCCUUGGGGCCGCCACUUCGUUGACAUCACAUACGACUUCAUCAUCCGCCGCAAGCCACUCUUCUACACCAUCAACCUGAUCAUCCCCUGCGUCCUCAUCACGUCGCUGGCCAUCCUGGUCUUCUACCUGCCCUCGGACUGCGGCGAGAAAAUGACCCUCUGCAUCUCCGUGCUCCUGGCCCUCACCGUCUUCCUCCUCCUGAUCUCCAAGAUCGUGCCGCCCACCUCGCUGGACGUGCCGCUGGUGGGCAAGUACCUGAUGUUCACCAUGGUGCUGGUGACCUUCUCCAUCGUCACGAGCGUCUGCGUUCUCAACGUGCACCACCGCUCGCCCACCACGCACACCAUGCCGCCGUGGGUCAAGCUGGUGUUCCUGGACAAGCUGCCCGCUCUCCUCUUCAUGCGCCAGCCGCGCAACAGCAGCGAGCGGCAGAAGCUUCGCCACCGUCGCCACGCCAACGAGCGCCGGCAGGGGGGGCGGGGGGGCCUGGGGAUCCUGGCGGGGCUGGGCUUCGGAGACGGAGCAGGGGAGGGUGGAGGAGGCACCGUCACCAUGGCGACGGGUGGGUCGGCGGCUGCGACGACACCAGGAGGAGGAGGAGGGGGAGGCUUCGGGAAGGAGAGCAGCAACAGCGACGCAGCGUGCACCUGCAUCAACCCGCCCUCCGUCAAGCAGUUAGCCGGUAUCAAGCCCGAGCCGUACCCUUCCUCCAGAGGGAAACCAGCUCCGGUGAUCUGGCGGAGGAAGCCAAUCAGAUCGUCUCAGUCCACUGACCCCAUCUGCUAUUCAGUGGAGUGGAGAUUUGACAAGCGGAAGGUGAGCGAGGACUGGAAGUAUGUUGCCAUGGUAAUCGACCGCCUCUUCCUGUGGAUCUUUGUGUUUGUGUGCGUGUUUGGCACGGUGGGCAUGUUCCUACAGCCGCUCUUCCAGAACACCACAGUCAAGGUCCUCACCCACACGCCCGGCUGACCAAUCUCGCGCCCCGCCACGCUGACGGACGCCGCUCGCCACCAAUGGCGUGACGGGAAGGACAAAGGGAGGAGGGAGGGCCCGAGUGUGGGGGUGUGGGGGAGUUCAGACAUUUUCAUCUUUUUAAAGCCAAUAGGCCUGACUGUCAGACACUCCAUGUUGGGUUCAUAUGCAAACUUUCUUUCUUAAGGAAACUGCUUUUGAACAAAAAUGUGGUGAGAUAAGCUGACAAACAGCUCCAAGAGACCCCCUUUUUUCUGCUGUGAAUGGAACAACCCUCCCUCCAAUCCCCUCUCUCCUCCCUUUGAGUGACAUACAGCACAAGCCAAUCAGGGAGAGAGGGCACACUUGUUUACUUUGCUCUUCUGGUCAGUCAGCGUUCUGCAAGCAGACACCACCCACCAACCAACCACCCAAUCGCUGGACCGCAGCUGGGCUUCAGGCUUUGACAGAAACUCCUGAUUGGCUCAUGGGAGAGCCAAUCACAAAGAGUCAAAGAGAAAAAAAAUGUACCUAUUAUAUUUUGCUUUUAGUUUCUCAAAUCACUACUUAAAAGCAACCGGCUAAGUAUAUUUUACAAUAGACUAGUACCAUAUCACUUUAUUGUGUCUGACGUGUAUAGGAUCCAUAUUAUUUCUUGACAAACACACAGAGGGACAGGAUGUCUAUAGUGCAGUUUUGAUGCAGUAUUGUAUAAUUAUAUAAAGCAUAUCAGGAAUGUGAUCAUUAGUGUACCGCACCAUUCAUAACAAACACAGAGCCCCACAAACCAAGCACUCCACAAGGGACAGGAACGCAAGACAAGGUUCAUGAUGGGGGGGGCAAGAAAAGUUUGUUGAAAGAGAUUGUAAGUGGCAAUGGCAAUAAUGGAUGAAGCGACUCAAAUGUGAAGGCCAAACUGGGGGUCAAAGGUUAAAAGAUUUUAAGGUUUUUUGGCGGGUUAGCUGUGAUAGAUCCCUGUGUAAAAACAGCUGUUUUUGGAGCUGUGUACCGGGAGACUACAGAGACCUGCAGUAACUGGAGCAGAUGAACAUAGGCCUACACAUCCCCUUUCCUCUGAGAGACU